AUGUACAUUGAUCGAGAUACUUCUUCUUUACAACUUCUUCAUGACAUUCCACUAGUGAUAACCUUGAAUCAUUCCUCUCUUAAUUUAUGUUACUUUAUUCGUCGGAAUCAUUCGCCGGACUUGAUUAACACCAUCGAAGAUUUUCUGAAAUAUAUCCAAUAUGGAUAUAUCAUCGGACGAUCGAUUGCAUGUUUAACAGCACUUGUAUCCACGCUUUUCGAACCAUUGUUCAUGAGCAACGUAGCCGUACAAGAUAUGAUCAAAAACGACUUUAUCAGCGUAUCAAAUCACUUUCUAGCCACAUUUUACGAAAAGCAAUAUCACGAUACGUCGUCGAUGACAUAUCUAUACAUUCCCAAAGAUGGCUUAGAUAGAACUGUUGAAGUGCUUAUAAAAGAUAGAAUGUUGAUAACACGAUUCGAAGCCGUUAUGCUAAAAUGGCAUCAUCAAUUGAAAAAUAUUCUACUCAUACAGAAUCGUUUGAUGAGCGUUGAAGAUCAGUCAACGGGUAUUGAUGAAGAAAUUCAUUUUUGGCAAAAUUGUCUUCUUAAUCUUCAUAAUAUUCGUCGACAAUUCCAACGAAGUGAAUUACAGACUAUAAUUCAGGUGUUGACUCUCUCGAAAUCUGCGUACAUUGAACAAUUUUUACAAGCAGGAAACGAGAUUCAAAUUUUCACUGGCUAUGUCGAGGAUUGUUUGAAAUUUCUCAAACUUCUUGCUGAACCUUCACUCCAAUUGAACGAUAUUCCUUAUGAACAACUCACUAAUCUCAUAACUGAGAUUUUCUAUCGAAUCUUAAUCGUUUUAAAUAUGCAUGAUAGACAUUCCCCUAAACCACUGAUGGUCAACAACUUCGAAAAAGAUGAUCUUUUUCACUCUGUGCACUUGUAUCAACAACGUUUAACUGAAAUCAAUGAAAUUUGUGAAUGCAUGAAACUUUUUGGAUCGUAUCGAGAUGGAAACAAAGAUCCUUUGCCUAUUUUCGGUGGGAUUCAAGGUAAUGAAUUUCAACAUAUCCUUGAACAAAGUCAACAAAAUUUCGAUCGAGUAUUGCACUUGUUAUGGCGAAAAUCUAUGCACAUACUUGAUAUUUCUAUGAAUUCAUCUUCGAUAUGGUCAGAAGAAUUGAAACGCUUUUUCAAAUCUGUACGUGAAAUCGAAUUAGCUAUUGUGAAAUUGAUCAACGAAGCAACGAAAAAGACAAUUACAGUCGAACAAACAAUGGACAUUCUCGAAAUCUUUAUCGAUUUUCAAUCACGACCCACUAUCAAUCAUGUUCUUCUCGAAAAAAUUCGAGAUGUCUAUCGUUUAUUUCUCUCUCAAAUUGAAGAUGUUCGCACACAAAUCGCUUCGUAUCAAACAUUUGAUGAAUCAAAAGCGACGUUCAAUCAAUUCAAUCGAUUCCUACCCUAUUACUCCGCACGAGCUAUGUGGAUUCGCGAUCAAAUCGAGUGGAUUACUAGAACUUAUAAUCUUCUGCAACAGGCAUCAAACUUGCCGUAUCUUGUUCAACAAAAUGAAGUGAAACUUGCCUAUGAGAAGUUUAUAAUCUUUGCUGAGAGUAGCACGAAGCGAAUUUACCAAGAAUGGUGGAGUAUGGCGAACGAAUUACAGCCGAAGAAAUUGUUACAAAAGCCGUUUUUGAAGGAAAAUCAGGAGAGAAAAUAUUUCAUUGAUGUUUUCUUCGAUCCGCAAAUCAUUUUCGCAUUGAACGAAAGUUUAUGGUGGAUUCGAUUACAUUAUGAAAUACCAUAUUCAUUAACCGAUGUUUACAAUAUCAGAAAAUCAUUUCGACAAAUGACAGAAGAAACCUACGAAUUCAUUCGUAAAUUCAACAAGACACUCAGUUCUCUUCGUGGGCAAGAGUCUUGUCUGUUCGAAGAACAUAUUCGAUCAGUUUUGAAAAAACUUCAACCGGCUUUACUUGGCAAAGUCAAUUACACUGAUGAAAAUGCGUUUCAUUCUUUCGCUCUCGAAGCUAAUCGUAUUAUUAAUCAAUUAACUGAUCUAGUCACAUCAUUUAAGGAAAACUAUAUCAAAUGUUGCACCAAAUGUUUGAAUAUCAGUUCACAAUUGUUUGUCCAAAUUGAUACUGGCGUUAUUUUCAGUUAUUCAACAUUUACUGAUCUAUUAAAAUCUGUGAAUGAUAAGAGUCUAUCAUUAGUACGUGAAAUGUACGACGAAAUGACCGUCGGAUUACGCGAACAACAAAUGUUAUUCAAAGAUAAAUCAGAAAAAAUUCAUCAAUGUUGGGAUCAUUGGUUAAGCUCAAUCGAUUGUAUGUUGGAAAAAGCCUUAUUACUCAACGUCACCAAUUCGCUCGAACAAUUAUCGUAUAUAAUCAAUGGUGAUGUGGAAAUUGUGUCAACUCCAUUUAUGAAUAUUGAACUUUGCUUGAAUCGCACAGAAACUUUGGCUGGAAAUAUCAAAUAUGCUUUAAACUUUCGUCCAACACUUGAAGAAUUACAGAAUACAUUGAAUUCCGUUGGUAAAAUCCAAUUGAAUCGAUCGGUUCAAUGUUUUACACGUCUGUGCGAUUUGUUUGCUUGUGAGCCAUUCCAACGAGAAUCUUACUUUCUUGUGAUUGAUAAUCAUUCAAACAAACAAAAAUUGCAGAGUAAAAUCACUUCCGGAGUUACAAAUUGUAUUGCCGAUAUCGACAAAUAUAUUGAAACAAAUUGGUUUCGUUUUCGGCAACUAUGGGAAGUUGAUCAAGACAGCUUCAUUGCUGUGUAUCAAUCGGAAAAUACUGAUUUGCAAGCUUUGGAAGCGGACAUCGCUCGUUACACUGAGGUAGCAAAUAAUAUCAAUAAUCAGGAAACUAUUGUCAAUGUCCGAAUGAUACAAAUCGAUUGUGCUUCAUUUAAAGUUUCUUUAGUACAAAUUUGUCAUCAUUGGCAACAGAGUUUGAUACGUAUCGUCUUAGUUCGAUUCGAAAACGAUCUGCAAAAUACGUUAACAUUGAUUAAAAACAAUACAGAGAGGAUACAUAUAGUUCCUAAAACGUAUGCUGAAAUACCUGUUUAUCAACAAUUUAUCGAUGAACUCAAAGUGAAUGUACCAGAGAUUGAAAAGAAAUUACCAUUGAUACACGAACAAAUGAUGUUAUUAGUUCGAUAUGAAAUCGAAAUCGAUUCGAAGCUUUUGGAACAACAUCGCUCGCUGUUGCGCACUUGGGAAGCUUAUAAAAUUCUGCUCGAUGAAUCGAUCACAUCAUUCAAACGAGUUAAAGAAGCUUUUAAAGUCCAAUUACAAAAAGAACACGAUAAGAGUCAGAAUGAUAUUGUUGAACUGCUUAAAGUGUUUCAACUGGUCGGUCCACAUCGAGCAGAUAUGUCAAUAACGAUUGCUUUGGCUGACUGCGAGAAGAUCGAAGAGCAAAUCGAUGAAAUCGAAAAUGAAGAAAAACGAUUGAAAACAGCGUAUCGAAUAUUUAAUCUGGAUAUGAUUGUUUCGAAAGAUUUACAAAGCAUUCGAAAAGAUGUAGAGAUUUUAAAAUCAAUUUGGUUAGUAGCGAAAGAGUAUGAUGAAAUGUUAAUCAAAUGGAAAACAACUGAAUUUCGUCAAUUGAAUAUCAAUGAAUUGAAUGAUUUUGCUCAGAAUCAGUAUAAAAAAUUGGUGAAAAUGUCACGAGAAUAUAAAGAUAAAUCUUGGGGUAUUCUUACGUCACUUCGUGAUCGGAUUGAUACAUUUCGUCGUAUAAUACCUUUAAUUGAAUCAUUGUAUAAUCCACAUAUGCGUUCCCGUCAUUGGGAACAGAUCAAACGUGAAACAGAUAAAACUUUUGAUCAGGAAUCAAGUCACUUCACACUCGAACAAAUUCUCAACUUGCAUUUUGAGGAAAACAUCCAACUAAUUACAGAAAUAUCAGAAAAUGCUACAAAAGAAUACGCUAUUGAACGUAUCAUUGAGAAAUUUAAUCAAACAUGGAGUGCAUUAAAAUUUGAAACAACAGCGCACAAACUCAACAUUUUCAAAAUAAAAUCACCGGAGGAAAUUAUUCAAUGUAUUGAAGAACACAUCGCUGAAAUUUCCACUGUCAAAAGUACACGUCAUGUGAAACCGUUUCAGAAUGAUAUAGAUUAUUGGGAGACGUCUAUUGCGCAAAUAUCGGAACUAUGUGACGGACUGUUUGAUGUUCAACGCCAGUGGUUAUACAUGGAAGGAAUAUUUACUUCUGAUGAUGUACAACGGCAAUUACCACGUGAAACUGCGGAUUUUAAACAUGUGAAUAUGAUUUGGCAAGAUGAAAUUAUAAGGAAAAUUCGAGAGAAUCCCAAUGCUUUAUACGUUGCAACGAAAUUUAAUUUCUUCGAUAAGAUACAAAAACUGCUGAAGUAUUUAGAAAAUAUACAGAAGAAAAUGGAGGAUUAUCUAGAAACGAAACGUUCCGUUUUUCCACGUUUUUAUUUCAUAUCGAAUGAAGAAUUAGUAGAAAUUCUCAGUCUCUCUCGUCAACCUGAUCUGAUUCAAGUUCAUCUUAAGAAACUCUUUGAUAAUAUCAAAAGUCUACAUUUAUUGGUAAAGAAAACCAUUCUCGCCAAUGGAAUUAUCUCGAAUGAAAACGAAGAAAUCAGUCUGCUAUCAACUCUUUCGCUCGAAGGUAACGUCGAACAAUGGCUGAAAGAUUUAGAGAUCAAAAUGCAAAUAACUGUACGCGAGUAUUUGAAAAACUGUCUAUCCGCUCUGAAAUUACAAAGCAGCAAACGUGACAAAUGGGCUAAAAGUUGGCCAAGUCAAUGUUGCGUGACUGCAAGUGAAAUCGAAUGGACAUCUGCGACAACUAAAGCACUAGUCACCUGUCAAUCAGAUGGAAAUUCGAAACCAUUGAAAAAACUCAUUCGCAAACAAAUAAAAAUUCUUGAUCGAUACUCAGCUAUGAUUCGUUUGUCACUGGAGACAAUUAUCCGUCUUCGUGUUAUUGGUAUAAUUACGAAAGAGAUUCAUGGGCGCGAUAUUCUAGAACGAUUAAUUCGAACUCAAACUAUGGAUAUUCAAGCAUUUGAAUGGCAAAUGCAGUUGAGAUUCUACUGGGAGAAACACGAACAAAGUGAAGAUUGUAUCAUUCGACAAACAAUUACUAAAUUUCAUUAUAACUACGAAUAUUUGGGUUGUACAAGUCGUUUGGUGAUUUCACCACUGACCGAUCGAUGUUUUAUUACUUUAACUACGGCAUUGUAUUUGUUUCGUGGUGGAAGUUCGAGAGGACCAGCUGGAACGGGCAAAACGGAAACCAUAAAAGAUCUGGGAAAGAAUUUUGGCAUGUAUGUUAUCGUGCAGAACUGCUCGGAAGCACUCGAUUAUAAAUCUAUGGGGAAAAUGUUCUCCGGCUUUGCUCAGAGUGGCACAUGGGGUUGUUUUGAUGAGUACUAUCAUAUCAUUGAAUAUUCACACAAAAGUUCUGCUUUGUUUAUUCAUAGGUUCAAUCGUAUCAAUAUUGAAGUGUUAUCUGUUAUUGCUCAACAAAUCCACUCGAUCUUAACAGCUUUAUCACUGAAACAGAAAGUAUUUGUCUUCGAAGGAAGAGAAAUUCCGCUCCAGUCACAAGUUGGAAUCUUCAUCACAAUGAAUCCAGGCUACGCUGGUCGAACGGAAUUACCUGAUAAUUUAAAAUCAAUGUUCCGGCCUGUCUCAAUGGUCGUUCCCGAUUCGAUUUAUAUUGCAGAAAAUUUUCUUUUUAGUGAAGGCUUUCAAAAUACCAGAAGUUUAGCCAGAAAAGUGUAUACAUUGUAUCACUUGUGUGCACAACAAUUAUCAAAACAAGAUCAUUAUGAUUUCGGCUUACGAUCUCUGACAGCAGUGUUACGCUAUGCUGGUGAAAAGAAACGAGUAAAUCAAAAAAUGACCGAUGAUGAAGUGUUUCUUUUAUCAAUGUUCGAUAUGAACGUACCAAAGAUGACUGCCGAAGAUUUGCCGCUCUUUCGAAACAUUGUCAAUGACUUAUUUCCAAACAUAACCAUACCACAAAUAGAUUACUCAAAACUAAUCGAAACUAUCGAACAAGAAAUGACGAGAAACCAUCUACAAAUAUCAACAACUAACAUUGAAAAAGUGAUUCAACUGUAUGAAACGCAUCAUUCCCGCCAUUCCGUGGUUCUCGUAGGCAAAACUUUAUCAGGAAAAACAACAACAUGGAAACUGUUCAAACAUGCAUUGACAACAUUGAACAAACAGGGACAUACUGAAUUCAACAGAGUGAUUGAGUAUCCGAUAAAUCCAAAAGCGAUUGAUCUAGGCGAACUCUAUGGACAGUUCAAUCUUACUACUAAUGAGUGGAAGGAUGGAAUUCUGAGUAGUAUCAUGCGGCAAGUUUGUAGUGACGAGAAAUCGGAUCGAAAAUUGAUUCUAUUCGAUGCGCCAAUUGAUACAUCAUGGAUUGAAUCAAUGAACUCAUUGAUGGAUGAUAAUAAACUCUUAACAUUAGCAAAUGGAGAACGGAUUUCUUUGUCGGUACAUGUAACACUGCUAUUCGAAACUGAAGACUUAUUCACAGCUUCACCAGCGACUGUUUCUCGCGUCGGUAUUGUAUAUUGUGAUUACACUAAGUUAGGAUGGAGACCUUAUGUUGAGUCCUGGAUAAAACAGAAAACAUCGGACUUGCAAACUGAACUCUUCAAUUGUGUCACGAAAUAUUUCGAGCCAGUUUUAAAAUACAAGUCGAUCAAUUGCAAAGAACUAGUAGCUAUUCAUGAACUGAACGGAAUCAUCUCAUUAACGAAAUUAUUUGACUCAUUUUGGUAUGAGAAUGAUGUACAAUUACAAAUGAGCGAGAAUGACAUGACCACAGGACGAUUGAUUGAAAUGUGGUUUGUCUUCUGUUUGAUUUGGUCGGUGGGGGCGAGUGUUGAUGAUGAAGGAAGAAAGAAAAUCGAUAUUAUCUUUCGCGAAACCGAAGGUACCUUUCCGAAUAAGGAUACGGUAUUUGAGUUUUAUAUUGACAUACACAAUCGAACGUGGUUACAUUGGGAAGAACAAUUGAAAGAAGAAUGGAUAUAUGACGCCGAAAUGCCAUUUUAUAAAAUGAUUGUACCGACAAUUGACACUGUGCGUUAUGAAUAUUUAAUACGUCGACUACUGCUUAACAAGCACCAAGUUCUGUUGGUUGGAACUGUUGGAACUGGAAAAACAACAAUAGCAGAAAGUGUUCUGAGAAAAUUAGAUUCAGAUGCAUUCAAUACGCUUACUAUUCAUAUGUCAGCUCGGACAACAUCGAGAAUGUUACAAGAUAUCUUAGAAUCAAAUUUGGAAAAACGAGCGAAAAAUCUUUUUGUACCGAUCAAUGGAAAGAAGAUGAUUACAUUUAUUGACGACAUGAAUAUGCCGCUAAAGGAUAUGUAUGGAUUCCAACCGGCACUCGAAUUACUUCGAACAUGGAUUGAUUAUGAGUUUUGGUACGAUCGAAAAACGCAAGGAACGAAAUUUGUUAAAGAUAUGUAUCUACUUACUGCUAUGGGUCCACCAGGCGGUGGUCGCCAUCAAAUCUCUCGCCGAUUACAAAGUCGAUUUAAUCUAAUCAAUAUGACAUUUCCAUUCGAAUAUGAAAUCUGCCGAAUCUUUGGUAUAAUGAUGAGUCAAAAAUUACGUGAUUUUGAUGAUGACAUCAAACACCUCGAUCAGACUCUGACAAAAGCAACUGUUGAUCUAUACCGAACAAUCGAAAUGAAAUAUUUACCUACACCAGCAAAAAUUCAUUACACGUUCAAUAUGCGCGAUAUAUCACGAAUGUUUGAAGGUCUUCUCUUGUGCCACAAAACUGUCAUAACUAAUAAAGUCGAAUUACUACGUUUGUGGGUACAUGAAGCACAUCGAGUAUUUUCUGAUCGAUUCAUUACGACCGAUGAUCACGAGCUGUUUGUGAAAAUUCUAAACGAAAAACUCGCUUUAUAUUUCGAUCAAGUUUAUCACAAUGUUUGCUACAAUCGAGAAGCUCCGAUCUAUUCUGAUAUGAUUCGAACUGAUGGAAUAUAUGAGGGAAUUCGUGAUUAUGAAAAAUUAAAAUCGUUUCUUGAACAAACGCUACAACAGUAUAAUAAAACGCCAUUAAUGUUACCCAUGGAUUUAGUUAUGUUUCGCGAUGCGGUACUUCAUGUUUGUCGAAUUGUUCGCGCUCUCCGUCGUCCACGUGGUAAUUUACUGUUACUAGGUGUGGGUGGAAGUGGACGGCAAUCUUUAGUACAUCUAGCAGCGUUUAUCUGUGAUAUUACUUUAUUUCAAAUUAGAAUUACUCGACGAUACGGUCAUGCUGAAUUCAAAGAAGACUUACGUCGUUUAAUAAAAGUAUGCGGUGUGUCCAACCGUGAAGUUGUUUUCCUAUUCAUCGAUACUCAGAUUAUCGAUACAUUCUUUCUCGAAGAUCUGAACGCUUUGUUACACACUGGUGAAGUGCCCAAUCUCUUUCGUAACGAAGAUAUUCAAGAGAUUCGAAAUCAACUUUCAUCAACACUUAAUCGACAAGGGAUACAAGAGACUAAUUCAAACGUCAUGCAUUUCUUCCACAAUCGAGUUAAAGCUAAUUUACAUUUGGCUAUUUGUAUGAGUCCAUUUGGUGAAAUAUUCAGAAAUUAUAUUCGUAUGUAUCCAGCAUUGAUUAGUUCCACGACAAUAAUUUACUUCUCGGAAUGGCCAUAUGAAGCUUUGCUCAACGUUGCUCACCAUUUUCUAGUUAAAUUCGAUUUUACACCUUCAAAUGAUGAUAAUCUGAUUCACUCGUUGUCUAAUCUCUGUGCUUUCAUUCAUGUUUCGUCAAAAAGCUUAGCAAAUCGAAUGAAAGAUGAACUACGUCGUGAGAUUUAUAUCACACCGACAAACUACCUUCAAUUUGUCAGUAAUUAUGGCCGUUUAUAUGAAUCUGAAAAAGAGAAAAUUCAACGUGAACAUACUCGUCUUCGAAUGGGCAUUGUUAAAGUGGCUGAAACCCGAGAAAAAGUCGCAGAGGUCUCAUUGGAGUUAGAGAAGAAGAAAGUGCUGGUUGCGCAAUUACAACGAGAAUGUGAAGAGUUUCUAAGUAAAAUUGUCGAACAAAAAAAUAGUGCAAGUGAACGAGAACGGCAAGUUCAAGCAUUUGGAGUGCGUAUUGCUGACGAAGAGAUUCGUUGUCAAUCAAUCGCUGCCGCUGCACAUGAAGAAUUAACAGAAGCCGAACCAUUACUGAUCAGAGCAAAUGAAGCUUUAGAACAAUUAACUAAACGUGACAUUGGCGAAGUCAAAGCUUAUAUUCAUCCUCCGAGUACAACAGUGUACUCACGCCAAUUGAACACAUCAUUUGCGAAUCAUAUCUUACCGCUUGCUUAUUACUUAGAGAACAAAGAAGACACAUGGGAAGAAGCGAAGAAAGACUUAGCCAAUGUUGAUUUUAUCAAAACAUUGAUUAAAUUCCCAAAAGACGAGAUUACUGAUCGAACACUUCGUCGUAUGCAACCAUUCAUCAAUGACAGUGAAUUGAUACCUGAAAAAUUGAAAGGUGUAUCAAGUGCUGCGAGUGCUCUGUGUACUUGGAUUCGUGCCGUUGAGUCGUACGCACGUGUUUAUCGCAUUGUUCAACCGAAGAAAGAGCGUUAUCAAAAAGCACUAUUGGAAUUGAAUGAGAAGCAGAAUUUGUUACAACAAUCGAAAAAUGAAUUGUUGACUAUUCAAAAUCGAAUUGAAACUUUACGACUUGAUUAUGAAUUAAAAAUGAAAGAAAAAGAUCAGUUGCAAAGAAAUGCCGAAGAAACAGCGAUGUUUCUCGAUCGAGCAACGAAGUUAUUGGAUGGUGUUGCUGAAAAACGAACCAUUUGGGACAUGACAUCAACGCAUCUGAACGAAAAUCUAGAUAAUCUUCUAGGAAAUUCUCUUCUUGCUUGCGCGUUUCUAUCUUAUUUGGGCUCGUUUUUAUCGGAUUACCGAGAUGAUAUUGUACAUCAAAUUUGGGAAAAAGAAUUGAUUCGUAGUGGAAUCCGUUUUACACCUGAUUUUAAUCUUAUCAAAUUUAUGACAACACCAACGACCGUCCGCGAAUGGAACAUUCAAGGCUUACCACGUGAUAAUUUCUCCACAGAAAAUGCGAUUUUAGCAACACGAACUCUUUCUUCUCCACUAUUCAUCGAUCCACAAAGUCAAGCGACGAAAUGGAUCAAACACAUGGAGAAAUCACGUGGUCUAAAAGUAAUCGAUUUACAAAUGCGUGAUUAUAUGAAAAUCAUCGAAGAGUGUAUUAAAAUGGGUCGACCAUGUCUAUGUCAAAAUCUUCAUGAGGAUCUACCUCAAAUAUUGAAUCCUAUUUUAAUAAAAUCGAUUAAAACAAGUUCCAAUGAUUCGUCACAUUUAAUUCUUCAAAUAGGCGAUCGAGAAAUUGAUUAUAAUCCAUCAUUUCGCUUCUAUCUUUCAACGCGUUUAUCAAAUCCACGAUACAAGCCAGAAUUAUUUUCGAAAGUCAAUUUAAUCAAUUUCGCAUUGAAAGAACAAGGUUUAGAAGAACAACUGCUUGGUAUUGUCGUGCGAAAAGAAAAACCCGAGUUGGAAAAUGCGAAAGAUAAUUGUAUUGUAACUAUUUCCAACAAACACAAAGAAAAAGAAAUGCUAGAAGAAGAAUUUCUUCGUCUGCUCUCAGAAACACAAGGAAGUUUAUUAGAAAACAUUCAAGUCUUCCAAGCACUAGAUUUAUCAAAACAAUCUCAGAAGGAUAUUGAUGAAACAUUGAAAAUCAACGAAGAUUUGGAAUUGAAAAUCGAUCAAACCCGAGAUAGUUACCGAUUGGUCGCUCAACGUGCUGCCAUUCUAUUCUUUGUUUUACAAGAUUUAACUGCCAUUGAUUCGAUGUACCAGUUCUCGCUUGAUGCUUACAUUCAAUUGUUUCUUUUCUCCAUUGAUAAAAGCACGCGAUCGUUGAAAUUAAACGAACGAUUGGAUAAAUUGAAUGAUUACCAUACAUACGCAGUUUAUAAAUAUGGAUGUCGAAGUCUCUUCGAACGACAUAAACUUAUGUUUUCGUUUCAUACUUGUACGAAAAUUAUGGAUGCUGAUAAUCGAUUGAAUCAGGAUGAGUAUCAGUUUUUCAUUCGAGUAAAUACUUUAACUAUCGAUCGAGAAACACAGUUUCCAAAUCCGUUUCCAACAUGGUUAAAUGAUACUCGAUGGGAUCAAAUGAGUGAAUUAAUUCGUUUACCCGAUUAUCGAUUCCUACGCGAUUCGUUCGAUCAGUAUCCUAAAGAUUGGAAAGAAUGGUAUAUGUCCGAAGAAGCAGAAAAAACAUCACUGCCAGGUACCAUCGAUUCAUUGAUUACGGAAUUCGGUCGAAUAUUGAUUGUUCGAUGUUUACGCCCUGAUCGAAUUGCCCAUUGUGUGUUGAAUUUUGUAAUACAUAAUAUCGGUUCGAAAUAUGUCGAACCACCGAUUCUUCAUCUGAAUACAAUUCUGGAAGAUUCGGAUAAACGCUCGCCGAUUAUAUUUAUUCUCUCGCCAGGUGUCGAUCCAGCUGCGAAAUUACAACAACUAGCCGAGGAUAAAAUGAUGGCACGUUCUCGAUACUUCACACUCUCACUGGGACAAGGACAAGCAAAUACAGCAAGAAAACUGUUAGAAACCGGUAUAAAGAAAGGCCAUUGGAUAUUUCUUGCGAAUUGUCAUCUCUCGAUAAGCUGGUUGCCGGAAUUAGAAAAGAUUGUUGAACAAUUACAAACUGCAGCUGUUCACAAUGAUUUUCGUUUAUGGUUAAGUUCAUCGCCAAUCGCUGAUUUUCCUAUAUCUAUUCUGCAAAUGAGCUUGAAGAUUACGAAUGAACCACAAAAGGGCAUAAAAGCGAACAUGAAACGUUUGUAUGAACUGAUUACACCAGAGCAAUUUCAACGAGUGAAACAUGCCGAAAAAUAUCGUAAACUAACAUUUGCACUAACAUUCUUUCAUUCGAUUAUUAUCGAACGAAAAAAAUUCUUACAGCUCGGAUGGAAUACUGAUUAUACAUUCAAUGAUUCCGAUUUUCAAAUAUCUGAAAAUCUUCUAGCAGUCUAUUUAGACAUGUAUGAAAAAACACCAUUCGAUGCACUGAAGUAUCUCAUUGCUAAUGUCAUCUACGGUGGCCAUUGUACCGACGAAUGGGACACGCGAUUGUUACAAACUUACAUCAAUUCGUAUAUUCGAGAAGAAGUUCUCGAUGUUAUGUAUCAUAAAUUAUCUUCGUUGCCAUAUUAUUAUAUGCCACGUGAUGGUGCAUUCAAAUCUUACAAAGACUUCAUUAGUUCGAUGCCAACAACUGACCAUCCGGAAGCUUUUGGACAGCAUUCCAAUGCAGAUGUAGCGUCACAGAUACAAGAAUCGAAAAUGCUAUUUGAAAACUUACUGAUGAUUCUGCCGCAGAAGUCAUCGGCUACCGCAGAGAAAGAAGUUGAAAACGAAGUGGUGAAAAUCGCUCGUGAAAUGAUUAAAUCAAUGCCGCAUCUGAUCGACAUAGAAGCCGUCAAAAAAUAUAUGUCUAUCGACAUAUCACCUCUAUCAGUUGUACUUUGUCAAGAAGUCGAAAGAUAUAACGCAUUACUUUCAAAUAUCACCAAUGCUUUGAAUGAUUUACUAAAAAGUAUUGAAGGAUUCGUUAUCAUGUCAAUUGAGCUUGAAGAACUUUUCAAAUGUAUUUACGAAGGACGACUUCCAUAUGUCUGGCAACGAACUUAUGCUUCCUUAAAAUCUCUUCCAGCUUGGUUUGAAGAUUUACGCCAGCGUUUAAAUUUUUUUAACUCAUGGGUAGAAAAUCAACGUCAGCCAACUGUUUAUUGGAUAUCGGCAUUCUCCUAUCCAACUUCAUUUCUUACCGCUGUAUUACAACGAGCAGCACGAAAAGAUCAAAUUGCUGUCGAUCAACUUUCAUGGGAAUUCGAAGUGAAUAAAAUCGAAGACAAAUAUCUGUCCGAUACAGACGAUGGAGUCUAUGUCACAGGUUUACAUCUCGAAGGCGCUGGUUGGGAUCGUCAGCAGGGAAUAUUAUGCGAAGCACAUUUGAUGGAGCUUGUUACCAUCAUGCCCACUAUGCAUUUCAAACCUGUAGAACACAAGAAAACGUCGAAUCGAGGUGUCUAUGUUGCUCCUUGCUAUUAUUCGUCAAUUCGAAGUGGUUCCUUUGUUGUUGCUGUUGAAUUGAAAACAGGUUCUAUGCCAGCAGAACAUUGGAUCAAACGAGCUACUGCUUUACUUAUGAACCUUGACAAUUGA